CACUGAAACCCCGAAUGAGGAAUAACUGAUACCAGCCCAAAGUGUGUAGACAGAAAUUUUCUUUCAAGAAAUUCAAGUGUCUUAAGCACUCUCAACGAUCGAUCCACGCAAAACAAUGGCGGACUCGCAGAAUGCUGCCUGGCCUCUGGCCGACGAACAGCUCGCGACCAAGAUCCUCGACUUGACCCAACAAGCAAGCCAUUAUCACCAGCUUAAAAAAGGUGCCAAUGAGGUGACGAAGACGCUAAACCGUGGUAUCGCCGAAUUUAUCAUCUUGGCAGCAGACACCUCCCCGCUUGCGAUUCUAUUGCAUCUUCCUCUUCUUGCUGAAGACAAGAACGUGCCGUACAUAUUUGUGCCUAGCAAGGCUGCUCUAGGACGAGCAACGGGUGUCAGUCGCGCAGUCAUUGCCGCAAGCAUCACGUCCAACGAAGCAAGCGCUCUCAAGAAUCAGAUACAAGACAUCAAGAGUCAAAUUGAGAGGCUUAUUGUGUGAGAGUGGGUGUGCAUCAGCCAAAGACGCCUACGUACAUUGCGAGUGAACAUAGUUCGAGUUCAGGGUUAUUAGACGUUUUGUGACGCCAACUCGGACGACAUGCAAUCACGAAGAACAAGGCACAGCGCAACGCAUCAAGGAUGACUGGUGGCUGCUUGAAAGCUCGAUAGCUAAUCUGGGGCAACAGAUAGGGUGCCAUAUAGUUGUGUGACACCAUAUCGCGGCGAACUUUUGGGUGUGCCAACACUUUGCGGCCAUAUUUCAGUCGGAGUUGCGAAGAUUUUCUCAAAUACAAUCUUGUCAUUUAUCAUUCGUAAGUAUCUGCCACAGUGCUAAGGGAUCUCUCAUAGCAAUAUCAUAUUGUCGCUCAAAAUGACACUAAAGAAAUACGCCUUGCUUUUCACUUCAUGUCUAGACUCGAUUUUAUUGGCAGUCCAGUUACAGACCGAAUUCAGUUGAGUACCUUUGAGACAUAGGUAGUGAUGGUCGUACAUCAACUGUCGCACUGCGGCUAUUGUCAUGAACACCCUCUCUAAAAUGCUAGCCAUUCUUGUAACAGGGCAGAUUGAUCUCUUAGGUUUGAACGGCCAGAGUUUAACUUACGGAGUCUAUGGUAUUGGCGAUUAUGACAAACCUCCGUUUGGUGGAUUCCAGAAACUGGUUGAUUGUAUGCAGUCGUGAAAGUUUGAACAUUGGCUCUAUUAAGCGACAGUAUAAUUUUCGAAGACAUUCCGGUCCCGAAGUCCAU